CACGCCGCCUCCCAGCCACGGUAAUAUGCGUGAAGCGCGGACCUUUCAACCCUAACUUUAUUAAUUCUCACGCUAGGACCCCGGAAGGCGAUGGAGGUGGCCGCUAAUUGCUCCCUGCGGGUGAAGAGACCUCUGUUGGAUCCCCGCUUCGAGGGUUAUAAGCUUUCCCUCGAGCCACUGCCCUGUUACCAGCUGGAGCUUGACGCAGCUGUGGCAGAAGUAAAACUUCGAGAUGAUCAGUAUACACUGGAACACAUGCAUGCUUUUGGAAUGUAUAAUUACCUACACUGUGAUUCAUGGUAUCAAGACAGUGUCUACUAUGUUGAUAACCUUGGAAGAAUUAUGAAUUUAACAGUGAUGCUGGACACUGCCUUAGGAAAACCACGAGAGGUGUUUCGACUUCCUACAGAUUUGAUAGCAUAUGACAAUCGCCUUUGCGCAUCCAUGCAUUUCACAUCUUCUACUUGGGUUACCUUGUCAGAUGGAACUGGAAGAUUGUAUCUCAUUGGAACGGGUGAACGUGGAAAUAGUGCUUCUGAAAAAUGGGAGAUUAUGUUUAAUGAAGAGCUUGGAAAUCCUUUUAUCAUAAUUCACAGUAUCUCAUUGCUGAAAGCUGAAGAACAUUCGAUAGCUACCCUGCUUCUUCGAAUAGAGAAAGAGGAAUUGGAUAUGAAAGGAAGUGGUUUCUAUGUUUCCUUGGAGUGGGUCACUAUUAAUAAGAAAAGUAAAGAUAAAAAAAAAUAUGAAAUUACUAAGCGUAAUAUUCUCCGUGGAAAGUCAGUGCCCCAUUAUGCCGCUAUUGAGCCCAAUGGGAAUGGUCUAAUGAUUGUCUCUUACAAGUCCUUUACAUUUGUUCAAGUUGGUCAAAAUCUUGAAGAAAGUAAGGAUGAAGACAUGUCAGAGAAAAUCAAAGAACCUCUGUAUUACUGGCAACAGACUGAAGAUGAUUUGACAGUAACAAUAUCGCUUCCAGAAGACUGUACUAAGGAAGACAUUCAAAUACAGUUUUUGCCUGAUCAUGUCAACGUUGUGCUGAAGGGUCAGAGGUUUUUGGAAGGAAAUCUCUAUUCAUCUAUUGAUCAUGAAAGCAGUACAUGGAUAAUUAAAGAGAAUAAUAGCUUGGAGAUUUCCUUGAUUAAGAAGAAUGAAGGACUGACAUGGCCAGAGCUAGUGGUCGGUGAUAAACAGGGGGAAUUUAUUAGAGACUCAGCCCAGUGUGCUGCAAUAGCUGAACGUUUGAUGCAUUUGACCUCUGAUGAACUGAAUCCAAAUCCAGAUAAAGGUAAACCUCCUUGUAAUGCUCAAGAGUUAGAAGAAUGUGAUAUUUUCUUUGAAGAGAGCUCCAGUUUAUGCAGAUUUGAUGGCAGUACAUUAAAAACUACUCAUGUGGUGAAUCUUGGAAGCAACCAGUACCUUUUCUCUGUCAUAGUGGAUCCUAAAGAAAUGCCCUGCUUCUGUCUGCGCCAUGAUGUUGAUGCCCUUCUCUGGCAACCACACUCUGGCAACCAAGACGAUAUGUGGGAGCAUAUCGCAACUUUCAAUGCUUUAGGCUACGUCCAAGCAUCAAAGAGAGACAAAAAAUUUUUUGCCUGUGCUCCAAAUUACUCUUACGCAGCCCUUUGCGAGUGCCUUCGACGAGUUUUCAUCUAUCGUCAGCCCACUCCCAUGUCCACUGUACUUUACAAUAGGAAGGAAGGCAGGCAAGUAGGGCAGGUUGCUAAGCAGCAAGUAGCAAGCCUAGAAACCAGUGAUCCUAUUUUAGGCUUUCAAGCAACAAAUGAGAGAUUAUUUGUUCUCACUACCAAAAACCUCUUUUUAAUAAAGGUAAAUACAGAGAAUUAAUUACUCCAACAUGUUGGCUUCUCUGUACUGGAAAAGUAUUCAGUGGUAGCUGGAAGGCUGGGCAGUUGUGCUGUAAUCUGUUAAGUUUUUAUUGUGUUAAAAUUAUCUUGUAUGAAUUUAUUUUUUAAAGGAUAUUGGAAAUAUAUUCGAGAUUAUGAGUCUAUAAAAGCUAUGGAAUGAAGCUGCAAAUUUAGAGAAAAUUAGCUUCUGUAAAAAAUGUAAAGAUAGUAUUAGCAAGUAUAAUUAAUUUUUUAAAAACAGGCUAGAAUCUCAUCUUUUAUAUGAAAGAUGUACAAUUCAUGUUUAAAUAAAAAUAUUUAUCAUGUAUUCUUUGUUCACUGAUACAGUUUCUACUUCUUUACCUAUAGAAUGUAUAGGAUAAUGGUUAAAGUGUUGAUUCUUGUAAAUACUUUUUAAAUGGACUGAAUAGCUGGGGUAGAGGGAGAAAUAUAACAGGUACAGCAGGUCUAGUACUGUUAAAGUUUGCUGAGAGACCUUAAGUGUUUUUUCAUAUUAAAUAUAACUUUAUUGAACUUUUAUCCAUUUGGUCUUCCACAGACAUAAAUAAAGAGAGAUGAUAAGGUUCUACGAAGUGUAGCUCUUAUCCAUUGCCAUAUAACAAACCACUCCAAAACUCAGUGGCUUAAAACAGGAUGUUUUAUAAUUUUUCAUGGUUCAUUGACUUGACUGUCUCUGGUCUGCAUGGCCUUUCCUCCUCCAGUAGGCUAGACCGUGUUUCUUCCCAUGACAGAAAAAAACAUUACAAGAGGGCAAGCCCUAAUGUACAAGAGUUUAUCAAGCCUGCACUUGCAUCAUAUUUGCUCAUCUUCCAUUGAACAAAGCAAUUCUAGAGUCAGUGUGAGAGUGGAGUACACAAGGAUACAGAUAGCAGGUGGUAUGAUUCACUGGGAGCCAUUUAUGUAGCAGUCUCCCAUACAAAUUAUAAUUCAUCCUGGUAGUUCUCCUUACAUUUCUACAGUUAAGAAAAAAGUAAUCCUGUUUGUUUAUACAUUAAAUAUGUUUUGCCAUGAAUUUUAGCUUCUUAUAUUAUUUCCUUGGAUUUCUUUUGGUGUGCAUUUACCUGGAAAAUUGUUUACUUUUAUACCAUUUUUGUAUACUUCUUAUAUAUACUUCAUGUUAAAUUUUAUAUUAUAAUAGGGGAAUUGAGACUUUAAGAUAAGAGGCAGAAAAUGAAGAAAAGAGUACAAGAUAGGAAAUAUUUGUUCCUAACAUAUCUCUUGCCUAUCUAGACAAGGGUUUGGCUGAAUUAAAUUUUAGUGAAAGAAGGAAAAAUAAGUUUGAGAGACAGAAAAGGAGGAAAAAGAUGGGGAUUACAUGCAUGUUCUAAACACUAUGUCAGAAAGCGGUUUCCUGGAGAGAAGUAUUGGGACGCUAGAUAAAAAGUUGGGAAAAGUCCUGAGAACUGGUAGUGACAGUGGAGUCCUAAUGGAACUCUGUUAGUACUAGGAAAGAGGACUAGAGAGCUAUCAAGCAUCAAGAGAUCAUGAACACAGAAAAAAAAAAAAAAGUAUGGCUGAACCAAAAAACAAAACAGUGAUAUUUGCAGAACUUUUUAGUGUCAUUGUAAAAUUUAAUGAAACAAGACUAUUUUGACAGUGAACUAUUAAAAGCCUUUGUUAUGUGAUAGUACAUUUACAUUUUCUUUAAAAUUUACCUCAGAGAUCAUAAAUACCCUCUUAGGGAAUUUAAGAAAAAUACAGAUUAAUGUGGUGCUUAAUUAACCAUAUGACAAUAUAUAUAUGCAAAUUUACAUAUGGUAAUUUCUUUCCUUUGUAUAUGUGAUUUUUAACAUGAUUAAUGUUGAAUUGAAACCUAUCAGGAUAACUAGUCCUAAAUAUUUUUGCAUAUUGAUCUAUGUUAAGAGAGUAACAGGUCUAGAGCAGUGAUUCCAAGUAAUGUUUUCUUGAAAUGUUUCAAGGAUUCCACAAAUAUUUAACUCAGUUUGAAUAAUGUUCUAAAGAGAUAUAUACAAGUGCUAUGAACGUAGUAGCUUGUGUUUUGUUGAUUUUUUUUAUCAUAAAUUAUA